AUGGCUGAACAAGGACAGUUGAAAGUCAUCGGCGUACCGCAGUUUACAACUGACUUCGAGGUUGUCGAUAUAUCCGAUGAAAUACAGGAAGAGAUCAUCGCCAUCAACUCCAUCUACGGUGACGGCACCUGGGAAAUUGAAACGACAUACAACGAAAGCGGCAGUUCCAAGAUCCGAACAAGGCUGAGGCCACCCGUGCAAGAUGCAUUAGAGGAUGACGUCUCGUUAAAUAUCGUGCUGCCCUCGACAUACCCUCACGAGCGACCCGAGUUCAAGGAGGCCAGCAAGUGGAGCCAACUUCACCCACGCAAACGCAACAUCUGCAUACUGACUUUUGUGGCCAUCCAUGAGCUUUUUGAGCCGGGAAAUGUCUGCAUGUACGAGGUUUUGGAAUACGUGGCAGAUCGAAGCAGUCUUCUGGACGACAUCGGCAUGCUGGAUGCGACCGAUGCAAGAACAUCACAUGGUGUAGCGCCUGGUCUUGUGGACGAGCUGCAGUGGACGCUUUGGGAUGACUUGGAUGUCAGCAACAUUUCUGCUGAGGCGGCCUGCACCGUCUGCAUGGACGAUGAUCUCGCCUUUCGAAUGGCCCCACUUCCCUGCGGUUGUCAUUACUGCAUGACCUGCUUUACCACUGGCUGGAACGUUGCGUUAAGCGCACUCGAACCUUACACUUGCUGCCUUGAACGAGUCCCCGUGGAGCUGAUCGCAUCCCGCAUCGAACCCAACCCAGACGACCUGAAGCGCUACACCCAAAUGCUUAUUGCGCGGGACACAGCCCAUCCCUUCUUCUGCGGCUACUUCAAGAACUGCGGGAAGCUGGUAGGCGGGUUCGACGAGAGAGCCCUCCGGCUGGCGGCGUCAAAGCGAGGCGGCGGCGGCGUCCUCUGCCGCUCCUGCGGGCUGUGGAGCUGCGCAAAGUGCCGGACGCCCAAGCACUCUGGGGACUGCGUGUCGGACCCUGACAUGGUUAGGCUGUUCGAGACGGCAGACAUCCGGCGGUGCCCGAAGUGCAGCGAGGCGAUCGAGAAGAACGGCGGGUGCCCGCACAUGAACUGUCGGUCCUGCGGCAGCCACUGGUGGUGGAAGAAGACUGGUGCGCUUGUGCCGUUCCGGGGCUACGGCAUGCACGACGACGACGACUGGUUGUGA